AACUAUUCCGAAAUGAAUAUUUUAUCGAUUCAAUUAUCAAUUUAAUAUAUGAGGAAUAUUACGAUUGAAUCAGUGAAAAAAUAAAAAAUAAAAAUGUUUUCAUACGAAAGAAUUCAGAAGCUUCUCGGUGUUUUAAUGAGAAUAUGUUUUUCACGAUGCAUUUUCGAUGAGUUAGUUUAGGUGAAAAAUGAGUGGAUAAAAAGAAUCGUAUGUUCAAGAAGUUAAGCCUAAUGAAACACUAUGUUAUUUAUCUACCUAACAUGAUUAGUUUGUUUGUACUACAAUUUUAUCCUUAGUUCAGUCCACAGAAAAAGAAAAAUGAAGAAGUACUCCUUUUUCAUUUUUUUCCUCUUAAUAUUGCAACAUGUUUGUUCAAAUAAAGUCACAAAUAAUAGCUUGGAAGAAGAGGUGAAGAGAUCAGAGUUUCCAAAUGGUUUUCUUUUUGGAACUGCAGCUUCUGCCUAUCAAAUUGAAGGAGCAUAUAAUGAAGAUGUCAAAAGUCUUAGCAAUUGGGAUGUUUUCUCUCAUAUUAAUGGUAGCAUAAUAAAUGGAGCAAAUGCAGACAUAGCUAAUGACCAUUACCAUCGUUAUCUGGAAGACAUUGAUAUAAUGGCCUCACUUGGAGUAAAUGCCUAUCGAUUUUCUAUUUCCUGGAGUAGAAUUCUACCUAGAGGAAAAUCAGGACAAAUUAAUCCUGCUGGAAUCAAGUUUUACAAUAAUCUCAUUGAUAAUCUCUUACUCAAAGGAAUAACACCAUUUGUGACUAUCCAUCAUAGUGACUAUCCUCAAGAAUUUGAGGACAGAUAUGGGGCCUGGCUCAGUCCUCUAAUGCAGGAAGAGUUUGUGCUCUUUAAUUUGCUGAGGUAUGUUUCAAGAGUUUUGGGAAUAGAGUGAAGUAUUGGGCUACUAUAAAUGAGCCCAAAUUAUUUGCAGAACUGAGCUAUACGAAUGGAUUAUAUCCUCCACAUCAUUGUUCUCCACCAUUUGGGAAUUGUUCAUCUGGUAAUUCAGAUAUUGAGCCUAUACUUAUUGUACACAACUCAAUAUUGGCUCAUGCCAAGGCUGUCAAAAUUUAUCGUGAUCAUUUUCAGGCAAGUUUUCUUUCAUAUUUGCAUUUUACUACGCUUUUAAAAAAAAUAUUGUUUUCUAAAUUCAAUUUCAAAUCUAGUUCAUAAUAAGUCUGAUUCAUUAAUCCAACACAUAUGCACGUCUAAACUAUCCACUGUUACAUGAGGGCUCAGAUAGAGGCAACCUUGUCUCUAAUACCAUGUAACAAAAUGAAAGAGCUUGUAUUUCAUUCAAAGAAGAAAGUAGUAUAAAUAUAGGAAAGAAAUAAAAUCAAACCCUACAAAUCUAAUAAAAAUAUA